AUGAGUAUGCAGCUCAUCCGAGAGAGGACUGAGCGUAUCUCCACCGCUUAUGAAUGUAACUGAAUGUGUCAGAGAAUGACAGACGAAGCCACAAAACCACCAGACUCAAAAAAAAGAUCUCUGAGAAAGGGGGUCUCAGAGUGACCCCGGCUCACCCACUCAUCCUCUAUCAAACCGCUCAGUGUCACCAGAGUCGACAAGACGGAUGCAAGAGAGCUGUGAGGAGACUGUUGGAGAGGAUGGAUGAGACAAACAGAGCGGUGAUGGUGGUCUUUCUCCUCUGCACCACUGCAGGUGAGAGAGCUGAUCAUGGCAGCAUCCACCUUUCUUUAAAAAGAAGAAGAACAACAACAACUUUGUUAAAAGUAUAGUGUGUGUGUGUGUGUUUAUAUUCUUAAAACCUCUCAGCAGAUAUGAACUAAUGUCUCUCUCUCUUUGCAAACAGCAGUGCUAACAUAUGGCCAGAUUCUUGAUGUGUGUACAACCUGUCACCCCAACGCUACAUGUGACAACAAGCCUGACGGCUCUGGUAAAGUUUGUAACUGCAAGUUCGGGUUUGUUGGAAAUGGAAGAACUUACUGUCAAGGUGGGAUUUUUUUUUUUAAAGCUCCUAUGAAAGUUGUUGUUUUUGUUUUCAAACUGAAAUUCAGUUCAGCUCCUGCCCAGUAAAUAUUUUGUUUUCCAGAUAAAGACGAGUGUCAGAUUGGAGCCAGUGAAAUUUGUGGGCCCAACACCACCUGCCACAACACACAUGGCAGCUACUUCUGCAGAUGCCUGUCAGGCUACCGGCCCUCUAACAACAUGGAAGUCUUCAUCCCAAAUGAUGGGACACACUGCCGAGGUGAAUUUAAAGGGAUAUUCCGGCAUAAAAUUAAGUUAGGGUCAAACACACUGUAACACCAAGUCAAGUCUCUAGUUAUACCAACUUUAGUAAAAACGCCAAAACACCACUCUAUAGCCACAUGUAAUGCUCAGAACAGCACCUAACUUCAUCAACAGUACAUAUAGGGUCCAAGUCACAGCUCUAGCCACCAAACAUCUCUUUUACUUUGCCUAAUUUCUUUAGCUAAGAGACAAAACACAACUCACCUACUCUCUUCCUGCAGCCGCUUGUUUGUAGCGAGACCUCAGGCCAGUGUAUUACGCCUGCUGCAGGGAAAUGUAGCUCAAGGAAAAACAUUUAUGAUCAUUUCUUUAUUAUUUCCUUGAGGUAAUAACCAUUAUAUUAAUCAUUUUUCACUGCAGACGCGGUAGUUCUUCUGCCUUAGCGUCUCGGUCUGAUUGCAUUUUCAUGAAGAAAUGAUCAUAAAUGUUCUUCCUUGAGCUGCGACACCCCACUGUAGUCCAUGAUGGACUGGCUACAAACAAGCGGCUGCUGGAAGAGAGCCGGUGAGUUGUGUUUGGUCUUGAAAGAAAUAAGGCCUAUGUACUGUUGAUGAAGUUCGGUGCUGUUCUGAGCAUUAUUUGUGCCUCUGGUUGAGGUUUGCGUAUGAAGACGUAGACCACUGUGUAUUGCUAUCGUGCGGUCGUUACUGAAGUUGGUAUAACUAGAGAAGCAAGCGGUCGGCAACAUUUAUUUCUCGGCUACACUGAAAAGUUUUUUGGUUUUUUUUAUGCGUAGACAUUAACGAGUGCAAGAUCACAGGCCUGUGUGGACCUGGGAGUCUAUGCAGAAAUCUAAUGGGCAGUUUUGACUGCAGCUGUCAGGUGGGAUAUCAAGUCCACAAUGGACCGGAGCGCUUCAACCCCAACAUAAACAAAGCUUACUGCAAAGGUGAGAGUGGAUUACUGGUAGUUUGUCUCCACUUUGUUCAGCAAAUCAAACCUGCCAAGAGUUUUCCUGGAUACGUCUUUUUGUCCCCCUCAGAGGUUGAUUGUGGCCUGCCCGCCUCGGUGGAGAACAUGGUGCUGAUGGAGGUCAGACAGACCACAUACCGCAGUGAGGCCAUGUUUGAAUGUGCUGAAGGCUUUGUGUGGAGGAGUGGAGACAACAGCUCUGUGUGUGGAGCUGAUGGACGGUGGAUAGGACCAACUGCUGUCUGUGAAGGUAACGAAACGAGAACUAGGCUGAUCCCCUUUUUGGACUCAUCUCUUUACCUGACUGUCUAAAUUUGUUAAUCUGGAGUGUGUUACUAUCAGACUUUGUGGCAUAAAACUGUUCCUGGUAUUAUUAACGAAACUCUAACCUGCUAGAGCUACCACAGCAGCUCUGGAAGACAGAUACUGAAUCUUUGGUGGAGUAUGCAACAGCUGGAGGCUUUGCAGUUGAUUCUGUUUCAUGAAGCAUGCAUGUCACUUUGGCUCUCAGAUGUGGAUUGUGGCCAUCCAUUUCCUGUACCUCACACUCAUAUAUUAUGGAAUAACAGUUCAAGACUGGGUGCUAAGGUGCGGUACGAGUGUGACUAUGGAUAUCAUCAUAUUGGAAAGGGCAAUGUUUUAACCUGUACAGCGGAUGGAGUGUGGGAGGGACCAUUUGUGCGCUGCACAGGUACAGUCGGCGAACACACAAGGCAUUCAGAAAGAUCUUAUCCCUGUUCUCGUUUGUAUGUGGUUGUAAUGCUUGUUAUUCCUUUUAGAAAUCUUGUGUGGAUUUCCUACUAUAAUUAAAUCCACUGAGCAGGUGUGGGACAUGAAUGUAACCCCUGGAAGCACUGUGAUCUAUUUUUGUAAAGAGGGUUUUCUUAACAAAGGAGGAAAUAAUGUUUCGGUCUGUAGUGAAAAUGGUCACUGGACACGCCCUACUCUGUCAUGCAAAGGUAACGGAAACAUCGAAAGACUAAAAUGUGGUUUUCUUCUCAAAAACUGGCAGCGUAUGUUGAUCCAAGACCUGAAAUCACAAUCAGGCAGUGUUGAUUUUCAGCCCUAAACAGGUUCAUCCAUGUUUACUGUGUAAUUUUUGUUAUUCUGUACUGUAGAGGACGAAAUCCUGAGAACCUUUGCUUCAUACUCACCAACAUUCACCUGAAAUUUUAGACCUGUUUGCUCACGCAGUCUUUCACUCUGUCUCUCUUUUCAUACCAGCUCAUGUUACCAAGUCAACACUAUAGGUUAGAUUUAAAGGAGCAUUCCGUACACUUAACAUGUGUGAAGAUUGUUUAUUUAUUUGAUUUGUUGUGUGUAAACUCCUUGUGUAUCAUUUUCUGACGCAGAGAUAUUGUGCGGGGAUCCUCCUACGCUGCCUCACGCUGGUAAAGUGUGGAACGGCGCCUCGACCCCCGGCAGCACAGUGACAUACUUUUGUAAAACAGGAUUUUAUCACAGUCAGGGGAGUAACAUAUCACUCUGCACGGUUCAAGGUCACUGGACAGAUCCAGAUAUCUCAUGCAAAGGUAACGGCUCUCUUUAAAAAACUUGCUUGAGACAUUUCCCAGCUGUCUGAUCUCAGUUUAAUAAUGCAGUCUCCGUCUUUGUAGAAGUUGACUGUGGUGUACCCCCACUCAUUCCUAAUUCAAUCAUGCAGUGGGAUAACAUCUCCACUGUGGGCUCUCAGGUUGUUUAUCAGUGUUUGUCUGGAUAUCACAAUGGUGGAGGGGGAAAUGUGUCAGUUUGUACUGCUGAUGGAGAGUGGGAUGAAGCUUCUCUGCACUGUGAAGGUGAAUAUUUGCUGUAAUUGAACAUUAUCGGUGGUUAAAUAAUUGGUGGAUUAUAUCUAUGCAGCUUCCAGUGACUUUCAAUGACUUGCUGUCUUUCUGUUGUAGAAAUCAAUUGUCAAAGACCUGCUUUUAUACCUCAUGCAGAAGUGCUUUGGGAUGGCACAUCACACCUUGGCAGUGUCGUGCAUUACCGGUGUGAGGACGGAUAUUACCCCCGGGGCCUGAGAAACCACUCAAAAUGUGGAGAGAAUGGACAGUGGGAGGAUAUUGAUGUUUGGUGUGAAGGUGCAAUUUUUAAUGACUGAUCCACAGUUUCUGAUACUUGAAGCAGUUGGUUUCUUUAUGCCGAGUUUGAAGAUUACUUUUGUUUAGUUUACUAAAUUGUUGAUUAAUAUGCAUUAUCCCUGCUAAGUUAAACUAGAAUAAAACCACUAAAUAAGACCACUUUCAAGUCUUGCUGCUUAAGUCUGCAGACAUGUAAGCAAACAGGUGUAUCUAUCGACAUUCAACUCUUGGCUACUCUUCAUUUUAAGGACUGUACUGCACUGAUUUUUGCUGCUCUGACUGAUGUCUGUGUGCAGAUUUAACCUGUGGCCCCCCACUAAUCCUCCCCCAUACUAACCUAAAGUGGGAUGGCACCACUAGACCAGGCAGUGUGGUGCAGUAUGAGUGCAUGGAUGGAUUUUAUCAAGAGAGUGGAGAUGAUAUUUCAACAUGUUUACUGUCAGGAAAGUGGGGGGAAGUAUCUAUAAAGUGCAAAGGUACUACUACACAUCAACAUUUAAAAUGUGGAAGUUUUCACUGAUAUGAUGACUGUUCUUGUUGUUUAACUAUUUCUUCAAUUACAGAGUUUGAUAACUUAAAGUGAAUAAUAACCAAACUCUAUUUGUAAAGACCCAGUGUAAAGAUGAGAUCAGAUAGAGACUCAUCUUGCAAGAUCAGACCUGCUCCCAUCCUGUGAAACACAAGUGCAGCAUUUAUCAUGUUACAAUGGAGAGGAAGAACUUCCUUAAAUAGGCAGAAACCCUGAGCAGAACCAGACUCAUGUUAGACAGUCAUCUGCGGCUGCUGCAUUAGGUUUAGAUAAGGGAGAUGCAAAGCUGGAAAGCAGAAAAACGUCUGCAGCAGCAAUCCAGAAGAAGCUACUGCAUGAUGGAGCUGAGAGACUCCCAGAAAAGACUGUGUGUUAGUGACACAGACAAAAAGAGGAUGGAGAAGUAGGGAAAGGUGUUCCAUGUAGCAGUACUCCUUGUCUUGAAUAAGCGUUGACCAAACAACAGACGUGAUUAACCAUCUUGAGAUUCAACGAAUUGGAGGUUUUGGGAGUUCCAUCGAUAGCAGUCAUUAUAAUAUAUGGUAGAUAACGUGGAAGAUCCUGAUUACAAAGUCUCACAUCAGUUAAUAGGAUAAUAAUAAAAGCUGUUUUUAUCAUUUUACAUCCUAGCUAAAUGUGCUUCUGUGCCUGUCCUCGAGAACGCAGAGGUGGUGUGGCAAAACGGAAGUGUUAUGAUCCACCGUUGUGUGGAUGGAUAUCACAGCUGGAGGGGAAGCAACCUCUCUGUGUGUGACAGCUCUGGGGUUUGGGAGGAAGCUUCUUUGAAAUGCAUAAGUGAGUAUGACACAGCAUCCAUAAACUGAAAUAUCAUUACACCCCACAGAACAAAUAGCAUUGAUUUCAUUGAUUUGGGUAGUAGUGGACAUAUUUUAACAAUAUUUUUAUUCCCGUAUCACUCAAAGAAAUAAAGCCACCUAUCAACCACCUGCUCGUCACCAAUGAAAAGUGUCUGCACUGGAAAGCAGAGAAGUAUGAGGAGGACACUGAAGUUUAUACGGUUAGAGGAGAUUUUUUUAAGUUAUCACGGUUCAUCUUUGACUGUUGACUUUUUGAUGUAAUAACCCCACAUUUGAUGUAAUCACUCCAGGUGACAUAUGUAGGAUCCAGAGACUACCAGAUGUCUUUUUAUGACAGAAGAAAGCAGUUUGUGACAUCUAAGGCUGACCAGCUGGAGAUCUGCCUGAACCUGCUCCCUGUCACCAACUACAGCAUCACGAUCACUGCCGUCUCUGCCAGAUUCACAACCACCAUCACCAUCAGCACCAGUAUGCCAGGUAUUCAGGUCUUCAUUUUUGCUUUGAAACUCGAUGUUUAACCUGAUUUGUCAGGAAUGUGGUGUGUAUGAUAGUUUUUAUUAGAAAUGAGACAAUUACUUUCUUUUUGCGUUCUGAAAAUAAGCUGAUCUGCUGUGAUUGUUUCAUUGCACGCUCACCUCACAGUGCCUCCAGCACCUGUCGUCUCCUUCAGAGAAUUUCAGACUCCUACACCAACUCUGAGGCUCCAGAGGUCACGCGACACACUUGAUCCUAUAAGGUAGCGACUAAGAGGGCAAGAAGCCAGACAUGAUUGAAUUAAAGAAUUGAAAGUCUCAAAUCUCCUUUAUUUUACAGUUUGUUCCAGGUGUUUGUGAUUCCUGUCGAGGGGAUUAUGGUGUUUGACUGCUCAUCUCCAGCCAGUUUAAGUAAAAACAAGCCCUCGACAGAGUAUAUCACUGCUCAGAUUGAAGUCAGACAUGUUGGGACAGAGAUUUCCUUCACUGUAGGGGAUGGACGUCAGUAUGGAGGCUUCUAUAACACACCACUGGAGGAAGGCAGAAACUAUUAUAUCAUCUUACGCAUCGUCAGUCAGUGGAAAAAGGUUGGUUAAGCGAAUGCACUGAAGUUAAAGAAACUGCAUUAAACUUCACAGUUUAAGUCUUUGUUUGCUUUCUUUAUCAGGAUUUAAAAAGCACCUGUGUCGUGUGGGCUAAAGUGGGAGGUAAUUCACCUGAAAAAAUGUUGACUCCACUAAAAUGUUGACAGUAAUAUAUUAUAUAAUAACACUUUUAAUAGAAGCAAAAAAAGUAAAUUACUGUGAAAUGGAUAAUAUGAUGUAAUGAGUUCGACCUGCAUUUACCCACACACCAAAUGUUCAUGUUGCAGGUGUUUCCCAUGUUCUGCGGGUCACAGCUCUGUCUGCUGUUGUAUCAAUAGCUGUCAUAGCAAUAAUCAUUUUGGGAGGAUACUAUCUGAUCUGGUAUGGAAUAAAAAACAGUGCAUAUAUGUAAUUCAUCUAUAAAACAACACUGAUCUAUCACUUUACUCUUUUCUAGUUUUCACUUGCAAGAAUUUCAAAAAAGUUAGGGGGAAAUGUUGCUAGACGUUUCACUUUGAAUAUGUAAAAUUUCAAUUUUUUUGUAGCAAACUGCAUAAACAAAUGAGCAGGAUAAAUGUUUGAUUGAGAUUAAUUAUUGUUAUUUACUGACUGUGUUUCCCUUUGACUUCUUUUCAAGGUUUUUCAAAAAGGAAUGACGACUCUUUUGGCAAGGCUGCUGGGGACCUUUUUUGUCUAUUUUUCAUUUGUACUUCAGACAAGUUAGAAUAGUUUUUUACUUCAUAUUUGUACAUUAUGUAAAUAAUAACCUGUCAAUAAACAUUUUUUCUAUCUUUUUAAUGUAUUCUUAGAGUUAUGUAAGGUAGCCGAGAACUGCCACUGCUGCAAAUAAAAAGAAUGCAAAAAAAGAAGCCACAACAGAAGUUACACAAAGAAACCGAAGCCUGCUCCAAUUACAACGAAAGUUAACAACGCAAAAAAAAAAAAAGUGGCAAUGCAAAAGAGAAAAAAGUUUCUCACUGCGAAAAUAAAAGGAUGCAAAAAAAAAAAGGCACAACAGAAUGAGCUGCCGGGGACCGAUCUAAGCACAGAAGACAGAUCGUAAAACACCGGUGCAUCAUCAUUAUUGGUCCUCGGCAGCUCACUUCCCUUGUGGCUUUUUUUACAUGCAUACUUUUUUUUCAUAGUAAUUAACUUUUUUUCCCAUCGCCACUUUUUUUGUGUGUUGUUUAGCAGUUGUG